AUGGACAGCAUUAUUGAUAAUGUCAAUGCAUACGUUGUUCCUUUCUUUACAAGCGAACAAUCGCAACGUCUUUUUCAUCGGCAUCGAGUGUCUAUUUCUGCAGCCGUCACUCUGAUCACUACGUACGCACUAUAUACAUCCAUCACCACAGUCCCUCGAAAACUGGCACAUAUCCCACACCUCGGAUUUUUUGACUAUAUCAAGGCAAUGAUGGAUCGUAAACCAAUCGAUGAGGUAUCCAAGGAGUUGACAAUCCCAGCUGGAAACAAGUCCGACAGUGGGUUGUAUGUGCGUUUUGACAGAGAUGGAUGGACCAUCCAUGUAAUUCGCCCAGAAGCUGCAAAAAGACUUUUAUUUAAAACAGACAUCUUCCCAAAGGCGGAUCGAUCACACACGUUUGGCACGUUAUUUGGUCGUAUGCUUGGCACGCGCCAUAUUGGCAGUCUUACGGGAGCACCAUGGAAAGCUCACAGAAAGAUUGCCAAUCCUGCUUUUCAUGGAACGAUGCCAGUCAACAUGUUUGGCCAACUCAGCAUCAAACUUUUCGGCGUGAUGGACGAACUCUGCAAAGUGGGGCCUAUUGAUAUUCACGAUGCAACUGAAAGAUGGACGUUGGAUGCGCUUGGUCUCGCUGCGUUUGAUUUUGACUUUAACGCUGUCGGAGAUAAGAACAGCGAGUGGGUGACCCGCUACAAGACCGUCAUGUCUGCAACGUUUGAGCCAUUGUACUUGAUGCUUCCAAAGUUGGAUACCUGGUUUCUUCCUUUAAACGCAACACGCAAGCAAAAACAUGCCGAAUGCGAUAGCCUUCUCAAUAUGAUUGAUGAUAUUAUCGCUGCCAAACGCCAAAUGCUAAAGAACAAGAAACAACCCAGUAACACUGACGAACACGAGGAAAAGGAUGUGCUGACGAUGAUGAUCGAAGCCGAAAACUCAGGUCAAGGAAUUAUGUCUGAUGAGGAGUUGCGAAACAAUAUGGUGAUCUUCUUUAUUGCUGGGCACGACACCACCGCAAACGCUUUGGCAGGCAUUGCUUAUGAGCUUGCUGUCAACCCAGAUGUACAAGCAAAGGCACGUGAAGAAGCUAUCCGUGUAUUGGGAGAUGCCCCUGAGGAUGUCAUUCCUACCGCAGAGCAAUGGAGCCAGAUGCCUUAUAUCCAUCAAGCCAUCAAGGAGAAUCUCAGGGUUCAUCCUCCUGCUGCAUCAACUUUGGCACGUACCACCUCACAAGAUACCGAGCUUGCAGGCACAUUUAUACCAAAAGGAUCCAAAGUGGUACUUGAUAUUUACGAAUUGCACCAUAACCCAAAGGUGUGGAGCGACCCAGAUACAUUCAAACCCGAACGCUUUGCUCCAGGUGGUGAAGCAGAGCAAUUAGCUGGCCAAGGAAUGCCCUGGUUGCCUUUUAUAAACGGACAAAGACAAUGUUUAGGCAUGAACUUUAGCUUGGCCGAACAACGCACGCUGCUACCUAUGCUAUUGAGAAAGUACGAGUUGAGCCUUCCUGAAAACUCUGUUCAUAAGAAUGGCUUAAGCACAAAAGGACUUGUGCUGGGUGUUCAGCCCAAUGACUUGCAAAUUGUGUUCAAGCCACGUUACUAA